AUGGCCUCCUCAGACCCUCCCACGUCAGACGAAGAACCCAGCUCGACCAGCUGGCCCACCCCCCUCAACCCCAAACCCGACAUCCUCGUCAUCCACUCCCACACCCGCACGCCCGUCGAGCCCAUCCUCCCCGCCUCGACCUGGGCCCGCCUCCACCACCUCUUCACCAUCCACACCCUCCCCCCCACCAUCACCACCAUCCCCGCCUUCCUCUCCCACCUCUCCCACAACUUCUCCAGCAACGAGAAGAACAACUCCUCCUCCUCGGACGCAAACACAAACCCAGCCAAACCCGCCCUCCGCGCCAUCCUCCGCACCGGCUGGCUCAAAGCCGGCCCCCACGCCGACCUGCGCCUCUUCGGCACCGACGCCGCCGCCCGGCUCCCCGCCUCGGUCGAGUUCGUCACCUGCUCGGGCCACGGGCACGACGCGGCCGACGUCUCGGCGCUGGCGGCGCGCGGCGUCGCGUACGCAAACACGCCCGACACGUGCACCGAGGCGGUGGCGAACGCCGGGCUGCACCUCGUGCUGGGCGCGUUUCGGUAUUUCAGCUUCGCGGAGAAGUGUGCGCGGGGGGAGGAGGGGAAGGGGAGGGGGAGGAGGAGGAGGAGGAUGAGGGGAUGCGGCAGCGGUGGUGGUGGAGAGGGGGAGGAGGACGACGACGACGACGACGACGAAGACGAAGACGAGCACGCCCUCACCUGGUACGACUCCAGGCAGCUCGGCGCCAAAGCCGAGGACCCGUGCGGAAAGGUGCUGGGCGUCGUCGGCAUGGGCGACAUCGGCACGCGCAUCGCCGUCAAGUGCGCCGCCGCGCUGGGCAUGCGCGUGGCGUACCACAACCGGCGGCGGAACGCGGCGGCUGAGGGGAAGCUGGCUGCGUUGGGGUGUGAGGCUGUGUAUCACGACACGUUUGAGAGUCUGCUGCGGGAGGCGGAUUGCCUGUGUCUGGCCUGCCCCCUGACGGAUGAGACGAGGGGAUUGUUGGGGAAAGAGACCUUGCGGCUGGUCAAGAAGAGCGGGGUGCGGGUGGUGAACAUCGCGCGUGGAGGCCUGAUUGAUGAGGACGCGUUGAUCGAGGCCAUGGAGGAUGGCCGGGUGCUGGGCGUGGGCUUGGACGUGCAUGCCAAUGAGCCGGGCGUCAACCCGAAACUGAGGGACAACUGGAUGACGACGCUGUUGCCGCACAUUGGGGUUUGCUCCAACACGACAUGGCGAGAGUUUGACCGGGUGACGUUUGAGAACCUGGAGAACUGGUUCUACGGCGACAGAUCCAAAGUGCCGAUCGUGAACUUUUGA